CCACCAUCCACAUAAGAAGAACCAGCACCCGCUCCUCCUUCCCAACCCACCAUCACAAGCCACCCCAAUUUCCCCUUUCCCCUCCCCCCGCUCCUCCCUCCGCCAUUUUUUCCCCUGUGAUAGGGGUUUCACAUCGCCGGAUUUGCUGCUGUUCGUUACUUCGCUGUUCGUUGUUCGUUCUCGUCGUCGAUCGACAUGCCUCCGUUCCAUGACUACCGAGAUGGUGGGCUGCUUGUCCUGGAGCCGGCGGCGGCCUCUCUGUUCGACGGCGUGCGGCAGCGGAAGCGCGCGCGCGUCACGGCCGUGCCCCCCUGCGUCUACGCCGCGGUGGCGGCGGCGGCGGCGGCGGCUAAGAAGCAGAAGCUGAGGGAGACGCCGUCCCUGGACGCGCUCCCGGACGAGUGCCUCUUCGAGAUCCUGCGCCGCGUGCAGGGCGCCCGCGCCCGGGGCGCGUCCGCGUGCGUGUCCCGCCGGUGGCUCGCGCUCCUCGGCGGCAUCCGCGCGUCGGAGAUCAAGCGGGCCGAGGCCCCGGCCGUGCCGGACCUCAACCAGGUGUUCGUCGGCGAGGACGAGGACGAGGCCGCUCUUUCGCCGCGCCCGGGCUGCUCCGAGAGGAGCCUCGAGGGCGAGGGCGCCACGGAUGUCGCUCUCACUGCGGCGGCCGUUGCCAACUCCCACCUGAAGAGCGUUGUUAUCCGGGGAAGCCACCCGACACGCGGCGUCACCGACAGCGGUCUCUCUGCGGUUGCCCGUGGGAGCCCGUCGCUCCGUUCGCUUGCCCUGUGGGAUGUGCCGCAGGUCACGGAUGCGGGGCUUGCUGAGAUCGCCGCCGGGUGCCCCUCGCUGGAGAAGCUCGACAUCACUGGCUGCCCGCUGAUCACCGACAAGGGCCUCGCCGCAGUUGCUCAGGGUUGCCCGGAGUUGAAGACACUGACCAUUGAGGCUUGCUCUGGCGUUGCCAAUGAAGGCCUCAGGGCUAUUGGCCGGUGCUGCCCGAAGCUGCAGGCAGUAAACAUCAAGAAUUGUGCACAUGUUGGUGACCAGGGUGUAUCCGGCCUCAUCUGUUCUUCGACGGCCUCGCUUGCCAAGGUCUGUCUCCAGGGUUUGAGCAUUACUGAUGCUUCACUUGCUGUGAUCGGAUACUACGGAAAGGCGAUCACAAACCUCAAUCUUGCUCGCCUCCCUAUGGUUGGUGAGAGGGGUUUUUGGGUGAUGGCAAAUGCUCUUGGCCUUCAGAAGCUCAGAUGUAUGAGUGUCACCUCCUGCCCAGGAGUCACUGAGCUGGCACUUGUUUCUAUUGCCAAGUUCUGCCCGAGCUUGAGGCAGCUCUACCUCAGGAAGUGCAGCCAGCUCUCAGAUGGUCUUCUCAAGGAUUUCGCAGAAUCAGCCAAGGUUUUGGAGAAUUUGCAGAUUGAGGAAUGCAACAGGGUUACUCUCAUGGGCAUCCUUGCUUUCCUCCUGAACUGCAGCCCAAAGUUUAAGGCUCUCUCUUUGGUCAAGUGCAUUGGUAUCAAGGAUAUCUGCUCUGCACCGGCACAGCUUCCUGUUUGCAAGUCACUUCGUUCCCUUACCAUCAAAGAUUGCCCGGGCUUCACCGAUGCGAGCUUGGCCGUGGUUGGCAUGAUCUGCCCUCAUUUGGAGAAUGUUGACUUGAGCGGUCUUGCUGCAGUCACAGACAAUGGCCUCCUUCCGUUGAUCAAGAGUUCUGAAAGUGGGCUGAUCCAUGUUGACCUGAAUGGUUGCGAGAAUCUCACGGAUGCAUCUAUUUCUGCCCUGGUUAAGGCACAUGGUAAUUCUCUUACACAUCUGAGUCUUGAGGGCUGCAGUAAGAUAAGUGACGCAAGUCUGUUUGCCAUCUCUGAGAGUUGCUGUGAGCUUGCCGAGCUUGAUCUUUCAAACUGCAUGGUCAGCGACUAUGGUGUUGCAGUCUUGGCAUCGGCAGGGCAGCUCAAACUUCGUGUCCUCUCACUGUCGGGCUGCUUCAAGGUUACACAGAAGAGCGUUCCUUUCUUGGGCAGCAUGCCUGUGUCGUUGGAGGGCCUUAACCUUCAGUUCAACUUCAUUGGCAAUCACAACAUUGCAUCGUUGGAGAAGCAGCUCUGGUGGUGCGACAUCCUUGCUUAAGAGGAACAAGAAGGCAGGAUUAGUUGCUGGGUCAUCCAUCUCCAGAUGCAUAUAUACAACCAUAGGUAGUACUCGAGUCAAGCUUCGUAGCGGAGUCAGUUCGUCGGUUCCCGUUUGAGUCAUGGUGGGCUUCCUUUGUCUUAGGGUCGGUUGUUUUCCAGGGGACAUUUUAGCCAGGCGCUCGUUUUUUGCAGGCCUCCUCGUGAGAGGAUGUCUGUUCCUUGAGCCUUUGGCUGCCAUUAGUGUGGCACCCAGUCCCUCCACCCCAACCUAUGCCCUUGUGAUUACAGUCCCUACACCAUGCUUUUUUUCCUCCUCAAGUUCUGUCUGGGAGCUCAAAUAUUGUCAGUGUCUUCUUUUCCAGUACUUCUGGUUCCAUAGUUGUGGACAUCAAUACUGCUGGGUUCAUAGCAAGUUCUGUUUGGCAGCGUCCUUCCUUCAUAAUAGAUGCUUUGCUCUGGUUCUUGUAUGUCCAGCUGCCCGCGUCUCUUCCGGUGUGUAUGGCUGUUCCAGUUCCAUUCUCUUUCGGUCUGCGGCACUGCCUGUAGUCUUUGUGCGUGCGCGCGCACGUGUGUUGUGUCGUCGCCGGUGGAUGGUUGCUUUAUGCAGUAUCUGUAGCGGUUGCCUGAUAUCCUUGGGGAUCUGGCCUUGGCAAGAGUCUCAGAGGCCCUUGCCUUCUGUGGUUGUAUUUCUUCUCCAGAUCCCUGUUUUUUUCAGGCAACCAUGUAUGUGAUCGAGCGCUGUAAUCUUUGCAACCUUCCAGAAUAAAAUAACAUGUGUUUGCUUCCAA